AUGACACCUUCUGAACGCUUCCUUCCCACCCCCUCCCAAGCCGAAGGCUCGCAAGAGACGUGGGCAUGGUUGCAGUCGCAGAAAACUGCAAGACGAUUACCCAAGGUCGUGCCGUCAGGCUGGGAGGCAAGCACCGAGUCGAGGGCGUGGAUAGCGAAGAAGACCAGCGCAGGCCUACAAAGAGGCAGCGUACUAUUGACGCCGUUGCAGGGCCAGUUGACGCCUGUUCUCUCUCUUUCGACAAUACGAUGGGUGAAACCAACGUUAAGCAGCUCAAGCAAGGUUACAUUCCUGCACAACAGCUGCCGUAGCACACCGGAGCUAAUGACUGCACACGUGGUGUUCUUAUCGAUGUCGAACCAACUCAACUGCGAUCGCGCAGUAUCAUCGUUUCCGACAACCUUACAAAUUCGGAAAGGGGCAAGGAAAGUAGGACAACACAGUCACCAUCUCUACUGUCUACAUCAUGGCCAUGCACCAACGAUAGAAGAUUCGCUGGCCAUUGGGGUAGAUUUUUCACUGAUAAAAAUGGAGGAAGAAGAGGAGGAUCACCUCUGGGAUACACCACCGCCUUGUGAUUGGAGCCGGCUGAUGCUGAAAAUUGAAUUGACAAAAUCCCUCAUAAUUGUUCCUCUGGGAAUGAUAGAGGACAUAGCCCCACCAGAUGGGUUGAUGGGCAUUCGGGAUGAGGACGGGCGAAUUCGAUGA